GUGUCCGAGCCGUCGUCGAGGCAACUUCUAGCUAGUCCGCGAGUGAUUCGACAUAACGAUAUCGUGUUUCGUGUUCAGUGCAGUGCCAGUGACACGGAAAUGUUACGCUUGUGAUCUCAUAAAAUUAUUAUAAUGGCAUUAAAAAAAGAUUUCGACGUACCAGUGAAUGUUUUCAAACAGAUCAAGUUACCCAAACCCGCUAAGAUACAGCAGGCUUUCGAGAAGUUCUUCAAGAAGAAUAACUAUACUAAAAUAGUGCAAAGUUAAUUAGUUUCACUUAGCUUUAUAGGUUAAAUGGCCGGUGAAUUUAGUGCAAAUAGAAGUAGAAGUAGAAUAACAGAUUCAAACUCCACUGAAACAGAACCGCCCGACCCCAAAUCACCUAAUUUUAUAACUGAACAAGUAGAAUUCGUUGGUAAAGGUAGCAUCAAAGCCUCAAAUAAUAGAAACAGGAGAAGCAGAAGUAGAAGCGGAACAAGGAUAACGCCAACUGUCCUGAGCUUGUCUGAUGAGCAUUUUAUUGAAGAUCUAGAAGAUUACGUUAAAGAGAUGGCCGCAUCUUCGACUAUGGAUGCUACUGGAGAGCAGGAUGUGUGGACUCAACUACAACAGAAGGAGUCCGACUUGCUGCUAGCAGCAGAAUUAGGAAAGGCUCUGCUGGAGAAGAACGAGGAGUUGAAAAAAGAACAGGAACGCAUCACAGAAGAAUACUCCAAAAAGCUAGAGGAGCUAGAGCAAGAGAAACACCUUCUUCGACGACGCUUGGACACGGAGCAGAGCGAAUAUGAAGCCAGACUCCUGGAACUGCAGAACGACAUCAAAGAGCUCACAGCCAAGAUCGGCUCCAGGGAUACAUCAGUUAAACAGCGAGAUGAAGAAAAAGCUAGUUUGAUAGCGGAACUAACAGCACAGAACUCCCGUCUCACCAAUCAGUUAAAAGAGUCUUCAGCGACGGAGGCACAGCUGCUGGCACAACUUGAAGCGUUGAAGGACCAGUGCACGAUCAGAAAAACUAGUUUACAGGACCAUGUUCAAAGUCUUGAAUCCCUUAAAUCGGAGUUGGCCUUGAUGAGCGACAAGAGAGCUGAUCUUGAGAGGCGCCUGACAACUUCGCACCGUGAUAAGGAAGGUCUGCAGCAACAACUUGAGGAAGCGAAUGACAGAAUUGCGGCGCUUGAGAGACAAUUAAAAGAACAGGAACAUCUAUACCAAAAUACACUCAAAGAGUUAGAACGCCUCCAAAGAUCUCACGAUACCCUCGCCGAGCGCGUUGGAGUGGAUGCCACUGAUGUCACAGACACAGCCAGAUCCUUACACGCAGAGAUGGAGGCUGAACCAGAGGAGGACGAAAACUGGUUAAGGAGUGAAGCAAUACAGGUUUUCAAGCAGCUGAGAUCGUUGGCCUUGCAGCUUAACACUGGCCAUGAUGAUGACUCGGGUCUACAUUCUGAUCUAUCGCUGUCAUCGUUGGACGGUGACGAAGGAGAAACCUUACGUCGCGGCGCGCUGGCCGCCGCGUGCGCAGACGCUGUGGCUGCGUACGCGACGCUCGAGGGCUCUCGUGUGCGUGACUCCAUCGCGGCGCACGCGAGACGUGCGUUGGAGAGGGAGAGACAGAUCGAUGAGAAGAACGAAAUAAUAGCUGAUCUAUCAUCUAAGUUAUCAGUAGCAGAGGUAGAACUACGCGCGGCCGCUGAAGAAAGAGACAAACUCCUCAAUGACGCGAACUACAACAGCUUACAGAACGACGAAGCCGUAACAAAGGCCAGGCAAGAGAGGGAUGAAGCUAUUGAGAGGAAAAAAGCCGUUGAAGUGGCCUUAGCUAAGACCAGAGUCGAACUGAUGCAGGCCAACAGCCAACUGUAUGAAGCUGUAAGACAGAAGAUCGAUCUUGGGCAGCAACUGGAACAGUGGCAGAUGGACAUGCAGGAGCUCAUCGACGAGCAGAUGAAGCACAAGCUGACGUCGCAGGAGAAGCGCCGCAAGCGGCCCGAGCCCGCGCCCGCUCCCACGCGGACCUCUCGCAUCCUCGGAUUUUUUCAACGGUGAUCUGCUGUACCCAACUCUUGGUACUCUCUCAAGCCAUAAACAAAAACACCGCCACCAUUCUAUAUCUAUUUAUUAUCAAACAUCACGACGUUCACAUCGUACCAGCUGCGUUGACCGUUUUUAUACCGUUGUACAAAAAUAAUUUAUCAUCUGUUAUCCUCGCGGCCGCCAUCAUGUUACGAAACGCAAUAGACGUUGCCGCGUUUUUAGGAUAUAGUAUAAUUUUAUUUUUAAAACCGUGUGAUGUUUACACAUUUGCAGUGAUAGUUAGUGUCUUAAUUAGAUUGUUUAUAGUAACUGUACGUGUAAUUUUUAAUGUUUUACUGAGUUUUAUGUAGGUAAUGAGAUUCGUAGAUUACCGCACUCUAGUUGCUGAUAAGCAUUCGUCUUAGAUUUUUGGCAUUCCGUACAAAAAUACAUUUAAAUCUAAGAAAUAUGUCAUUCCUUUUUGUGUAAUUACUUAGGGGCGGAUAUGGUACAACAGAUGUUAAACCUGAGAAAUCCAGGAGUACACAAAAACUAGUUUUAUAUUUCGAAAUAUACUUCGAUAAACGAAUUAUGUAAAUUACCACACUAAACGAAUAUAACCUAAGAUCGUAACUUCGCCCCAUUCGCCCAUUUGUAACAUUCAUCAACCAUAUACAAUAAUGAGUGCCUUCGAAUAAAAAUAUAUACGUUAAAAUGAAACAAUUAGUAAAAUUACAUUAAUAAUAAUAUUUGUCAAUAAUAUAGUAUUUUAACGAAAAUAAUUAUCAAGUAACAAGCCAAGAUGAUAUAUACGGAAAGAUAAGAAAAAUAUUAUUUAAAAACCGAUUUAAUGCUAUCAAUGAAACUGUAAUUUGAACUAAUAAGAAGAGAAAUAACAAUUUGUAACAAGAUGAAAUAGUAUAAAUAAUUGAACAGAUUAAUCUUAGCUUUUUGCUAUUUAUAUACGUUUACUAUUGUAUUAGUAGAAUGAAUCUUUAGUCCGUAUUGAUAAAACAUAUGUGACAAUAUACUUAAUACAACUA